AUGUCCGUCGUGCAGACUAUCACCCAGCCCACUCAGCCGGAUAUCCAGUACCAUCCGGAGUAUGAGAAGUAUAAAGAGCGUUCGCGGCGUCGCAAGGAGACCGAAACCUUGGAGACUAGUCUGCCGCAUGGGUUUCCGCAGGAGUUGAUCUCCCCGCUGGUCUGGGAAGGGAAAGAGAUCGAGAAGCGCGAUGACUGGAUUUAUCAGUUGAGCGAUGCGCAGCUGGAUGAAAUCGAUGCUGCGUUGAAAAGGUUCAAGGCACUCGGCGUCCCCUUGGGAGCGAUUAACCAGUCGACCUUCCCUCUUCCCACUUUGCAUCCAACGUUGAGAGAUCUCUCGAAGGAGAUCCACACUGGCCGUGGUUUCUUUGUUCUGCGGGGCCUGCGUCUCGACAACUACUCCCGAGAAGACAAUGUCAUCAUCUAUGCGGGAGUCUCGUCUCAUAUUGGCAGCAUCCGCGGUCGUCAGCAGGACACCAGACUAGAGAAUGGCACCUCGCCGGUGCUGUCGCAUAUCAAGGAUCUCACCAACACCAUCGACAAGGGCAAGAUCGGGGCACCUUCCAACACAGCCGAUAAACAGGUGUUCCACACUGACGCCGGGGAUAUCAUUUCCCUGCUGUGUCUGCAUCCCGCCGCAGAGGGAGGCGAAAGCCAUUUGUCCAGCAGCUGGCAUGUGUAUAACAUCCUGGCCAAAGAGAGACCGGACUUGAUCCAUACUCUGUCUCGGGACUGGCCGGUCGAUGGGUUCAACAACCCCAGCAAGCCCUAUACUCUCCGCCCUCUUCUGUACCACCAGCCUGCAACUGCAACCACCCCCGAGCGAGUUCUCAUCCAGUAUGCUCGGCGCUACUUCACCGGAUUCCUGGCUCAGCCGCGCUCGACCAGUAUUCCGCCGAUUAGCGAAGCACAGGCCGAGGCACUCGAUGCGCUGCAUUUCCUGGCAGAGGAGCAUAGCGCCUCGCUGGACUUUCAGAAAGGCGAUGUCCAAUAUGUCAAUAAUCUCAGCAUCUUCCAUGCGCGCAAUGGAUUCAGAGACGAGCCCGGGAAGAAACGACAUCUCUUGCGAUUGUGGCUGCGAGAUCCUGAGAAUGCCUGGGAGACACCCGAGCCGCUCCAGCCUCGCUGGGACACGGUGUAUAAGGAUGUUAGCGAGGAGGAGCAAGCAUUUCCCUUAGAGCCUGGGCUUCGGAAGAAUGUGGGCUCGUAA